AAUGGCUCACCAGCCGUUCUUCGAAGCCUAACGGUCGUCACCGUAUAGCCGACUCCCGAGGGCCAACAUACCCCAGGCGAAAGGACAUGUUGCAAGCGAGGCAAGAUGUUGCCAUCCCCGCAUCGCUUCUCCAGCUGCUGUGCCAUGUCGUUAUCAAGCACUCUGCCUAGAUCCACGGCUUUUGCUUCGAAGUACUCAUCUCAUCAUUUUAUGUACGCAGGAAUCCACCUUCCCAUCAAUGCGACAUCUUUGGCAUGAUCGCUAGUUCAAGUAUCUUGUCCAGCAGCAUCGAACUCUGCCGCAAUGCCGCUCAAGCGCGAUAUCAGCAAUGUGAAUGAUGAAAACAGCCCUAUCACAAAUGGAGUCGAGACGAAUGGCCUUCUACAGCACGAUGAGUCCCAGCUUCUCGAUAUGCUCAUCGUUGGCGCCGGAUUCGCCGGAGUCUACUUGCUUCAUCAGUUGAGAAAGCGAGGUUUUAAUGCGAAGAUAGUUGAGGCAGGUUCCGACCUUGGAGGCAUAUGGUACUGGAACCGAUAUCCCGGAGCGAGAGUUGACAGUCAAUACCCAGUCUAUGCGCUCUCGAUCCCGGAAGUCUACCAAGAUUGGACGUGGUCUUCGCACUAUCCAGACCACGCCGAGCUGCGGGAGUAUUUCAAGCAUGUUGAAGACAAACUCCAAGUUAAGAAGGACUGCGUCUUCAACACCAAAGUCGUUGCAGCCGAGUGGGACGAUAAUACUUGUUCGUGGACCAUAAAAUGCGAUACUGGAAAAGUAUUCAAGGCCAAGUUCUGGACAGCAUGUUCUGGGUUUGCAACUCGGAGACACUUCCCAGACUGGGAGGGCCUGGAGGAUUUCAAAGGGGUCAUCCACCACUCCAGCUUUUGGCCGAAAGAUGGUGUUGACGUGAAGGGGAAGAGGGUGGCCGUGAUAGGGACAGGAGCAACGGGUGUUCAGAUAACUCAAGAGUGGGCCAGAGAGAUCGGCGAAGACGGCCAUCUCGAAAUGUGGCAACGAACACCCAAUCUAGCCUGCCCCAUGAACCAACAGUAUAUGACGAAGGAAGAACAGGCGAAAUUACGAGAUGAACUAGGCACAAGAUUCGCGGAGCGUAAUAACUACUAUAACGGCUUCCUAUAUCAGUGGCGUGAGAACUUGACAUUCGAUCACAAUGAGAAGGAAAGGGAAGAGUUUUAUUGGACACUGUGGAAGAUGGGCGGCUUCCGAUUCCUCAUGAACAACUAUUACGACAUGACUCGCGACUCAACCGCAAAUCACGAAGCGUACAAUUUCUGGCGCGAUCGUGUGAGAGAACGUGUCCACGAUCCGAGAAAGCAAGAACUCCUCGCCCCCUGGGAACGUCCACAUCUCUUCGGCGGAAAACGUUUGUCGCUGGAACAGGACUUUUAUGACCAUUUCAACAAGCCUAACGUGGACGUUGUCGAUGUUCGGAACAAUCCUAUCAAACGGUUCGUCUCUGAUGGCAUCAUCCAGGAAGAUGGCACAUUCCAUAAACUUGACAUCGUCGCGCUCGCUACAGGAUUUGAUUCAAUCACUGGCGGUCUGAAGGACAUGAAGAUCUCGGGUGUCGAUGGCGAGAUACUGACUGAGAAAUGGGCCAAGGGCACUUGGACUUACUUGGGAAUUUCGACGGCACGAUUUCCUAAUUUCUUCUUUACAUAUGGCCCUCAAGCGCCGACCGCCUUUUCCAACGGCCCAUCAUGCAUCGAGGUGCAAGGCGACUGGAUUGUCAAUGUUCUAAGCGACAUGCGAGAAAAAGGGUUGAAGAAGAUCGAUGCGAACAGGAAGGCAGAGGAAAAUUGGAGAGCACUCGUAUUCGAGUUGAUCAACGAUACACCGCGAGGAAAGGUCGACUCGUGGUACAACGGCGCCAAUAUUCCGGGCAAGCCCCGGGAGCAUUUGAACUAUGCAGGAGGCAUUCCGAGGUAUAAGAAGACGCUCGAGAAUGUUAGACAAGAUGGAUAUGAAGGUUUCGUCGUAUCCUGAGGUGAUUAGAUUUGGAUUUGAAUUUGUUGUCAAU